AUGAGCACCCCUGCAAACUAUACACGUGUUCCUUUGUGUGAGCCAGAGAACCUGCCAGCAGAUAUACAAAGAGAAAACGAAUAUGGUACACUAGACUCUACGGACCAUUUAUAUCAGGUCAUACAACGUGAUGGUAAACCAUUGACAGAACCGAUUAUUGACACUCCACCCUAUUAUGUUUCUCUGCUGACGUAUCUAAAUUAUUUGCUUUUGAUCAUACUGGGCCACAUUCAUGAUUUCUUAGGUAUGACUUUCCAAAAGAGCAGACAUUUAGAUCUUUUAGAACGUGACGGGCUUGCUCCUUGGUAUUCAAACUUCGAGAGUUUUUACGUCAGAAGAAUUAAAAUGAGAAUCGACGAUUGUUUCUCUAGACCAACUACUGGUGUUCCAGGGAGAUUCAUUCGUUGUAUUGAUAGAAUCUCUCAUGAUAUAAACGAGUAUUUUACAUACUCAGGCGCAGUAUACCAAUGUAUGAACUUAUCUUCCUAUAAUUAUUUAGGUUUUGCCCAGAGCAAGGGUCAAUGUACUGAUGCUGCUUUGGAAUGCGUCGAUAAAUACUCCAUUCAAUCUGGUGGUCCAAGGACUCAAGUUGGUACUACAGACUUGCACAUUAAGGCUGAAAAGUUAGUCGCAAAAUUUGUUGGUAAAGAAGAUGCUAUGAUAUUUUCGAUGGGUUAUGGUACAAACGCAAAUUUGUUUAAUGCAUUUCUAGAUAAAAAGUGUUUAGUCAUCUCCGAUGAACUAAACCACACAUCUAUUAGAACUGGUGUUAGAUUAUCGGGUAGUGCUGUGAGAACUUUCAAGCAUGGUGAUAUGGUGGGAUUAGAGAAACUUAUCAGAGAACAAAUAGUACUUGGUCAACCAAAGACCAAUCGUCCAUGGAAGAAAAUCUUAAUUUGUGUCGAAGGGUUGUUCUCUAUGGAAGGUACGUUAUGUAAUCUGCCCAAGUUAGUAGAACUGAAAAAGAAAUACAAAUGUUACCUAUUUGUCGAUGAAGCGCAUUCAAUAGGUGCCAUGGGUCCAACAGGUCGUGGUGUCUGUGAGAUUUUCGGUAUUGACCCCAAGGAUGUUGAUAUUUUAAUGGGUACUUUCACCAAAUCAUUUGGUGCUGCUGGUGGUUAUAUUGCUGCUGAUAAGUUUAUCAUCAAUAGAUUAAGACUGGAUUUAUCUACUACAAGUUAUAGUGAAUCGAUGCCAGCUCCUGUUCUAGCUCAAACUAUUUCUUCAUUGCAAACCAUUAGUGGUGAACUGUGUCCAGGCCAAGGCGCAGAGAGAUUGCAGCGUAUUGCCUUCAACUCCCGUUACCUGCGUUUAGCUUUGCAAAGAUUAGGAUUCAUUGUGUAUGGUGUGGCCGACUCACCAGUCAUUCCACUUUUGUUAUAUUGUCCCUCAAAAAUGCCUGCAUUUUCGAGAAUGAUGUUACAGAGAAGGAUUGCUGUUGUCGUUGUUGCAUACCCUGCUACUCCGUUAAUUGAAUCAAGAGUUAGAUUCUGUAUGUCAGCGUCUUUGACUAAAGAAGAUAUCGACUAUUUAUUGCGUCAUGUUGAUGAGGUCGGUGAAAAAUUGAAUCUGAAGUCAAAUUCAGGUAAAUCAAGUUAUGACGGCAAGCGUCAAAGAUGGGACAUUGAAGAAGUCAUAAGAAGAACACCUCACGACUGUAAGGACGAUAAAUACUUUGUUAAUUAA